GGAGAUACUGAGGCGGACAAGAUGGCUGCGGCAGCUGCACAGGGCGGGAGAGCCGGUGGCGGCGGCGGUAGUGGUGGGUCUGGCGGUGGUCCCAGCUGCGGGACAGGCAGUAGCCGCAGCGGUUUAUUGGAUAAGUGGAAGAUUGAUGAUAAGCCUGUAAAAAUUGAUAAAUGGGAUGGAUCAGCUGUGAAAAAUUCUUUGGAUGAUUCUGCCAAAAAGGUACUUCUGGAAAAGUACAAAUACGUGGAGAAUUUUGGUCUAAUUGACGGUCGUCUCACCAUCUGUACUAUCUCCUGUUUCUUUGCCAUAGUGGCUUUGAUUUGGGAUUAUAUGCACCCCUUUCCAGAGUCGAAGCCAGUUUUGGCUUUGUGUGUUAUAUCCUAUUUUGUUAUGAUGGGGAUCCUGACCAUUUAUACCUCAUAUAAGGAGAAAAGCAUCUUUCUCGUGGCCCACAGGAAAGAUCCUACUGGGAUGGAUCCUGAUGAUAUUUGGCAGCUGUCCUCCAGUCUCAAAAGGUUUGAUGACAAAUACACUCUGAAGCUGACCUUCAUCAGUGGAAGAACAAAGCAACACCGGGAAGCCGAGUUCACCAAGUCCAUUGCUAAGUUUUUUGACCACAGCGGGACACUGGUCAUGGAUGCAUAUGAGCCUGAAAUAUCCAGGCUCCAUGACAGUCUCACCACAGAAAGAAAAAUAAAGUAGCCAAUUAUAAAAUAGCCGUCUUCUGCUAGAUCAUGACGAAUGAUGGGGGGCUGAGGGAGAAAGAAACAGAGAACUUAAAGUAAGAAAUGUUAAACAUGUCCCUGAUUUGUCCUGAAAUUUCAGUCCAUUCUGGAUAAAUAGGAUUUUCUAGCUCAGAUAUGAGAAGUUGUAGCUCUGAUAUCCAGCUGUAGCCUCCUUGGUCUGCUAACUGCAUUGUUUUGAUUUGCUUUUCUGAAAAAGCAUUUUUGCUAGAGGUCGUACAGACUUCCUCCUUCAUUCCCAGCAGUACUUUAUGUAGUAUAGCUUUGUGCCAUGCAACAUAUGAAGACACAGUUUUUAAAAAUUGUUAACCUGUUGCUGACUUUGUGUUAAUUCCUGUUUCAAUAGCAUUUCCUUUAAUUCUGGAUACAACUUCUUGUGUAUUACAGCUUUCCUUCACACACCAUUUUUGUGGGUGUGUAUGUAUUUGACUUGGGGAGAAUUGGAAAAAAACAGCAUUUUAAUUUGUUUAAAACAGACCUUUUGCCUGUUACAUUUUGUGCUCUUAAACCAAUUAAAGAAGCAAGUGGUAUUCUUAGUUUUAAAUUGUCUAUGUUUUCCACUAGUAUAUCCCUGUUACUUGUUUGUGCCCUUUAUUAACUGCCAUUUUCUAAAAUUUUUUUCAAUAAAAGGAAAGAAGAUGUGAAAAAAUGGAGUCAUAGUCUUGAUGGAAGGAAUAGAUAGCAAGUGUUAACAAUCUUAUUACUGUAGGUUUCUUUUGUUUCUAGGUUGUUUUACUGGCCAGCAGCCCCUGAGAACCUUUAGGUGAGGAACUUUUUGCUUUCUAGUGAUAAUAAUUACACUCAGUUCUUAACUUUGUGCCAGGUAGCUUUCCAAAUACUUCACAUGUAUUAACUCACAACAAUCCUAAAAAUAGGAACUGUUGUUAACCCCAUUUUAUAGAUGAGGAAACGGAAGCACAGAGGUUGAAUAAUUUGUCACACAGCUAGUGGUAGAACUGGGAUUUCAAUCUGGUUUGGCUCCAGACUUGUGAAUAGCAUUUUUCUAGUAUUUUUCUCCUGUGGUCAGAGAACUGGGCACUUGCCCAUAUCCUUUGAUCUGUAGAAAUGUUGGUCCUCUAGCCUUACACAAGGAAUUCCAACCUAGCCUACUACCUAAAACUAUAUGCAUUUCAGAAGAAAUCACGCUUACCAUAUUUUCCUCUGACUUGGGAAUGUUGCCCAAUCUAGCACCACACAUGGGGGAUUGUGGAACAUAACGACAGGGAGUUGAAGCCUUAAAAUCUGUGCUCUCUAUUCCCAUAAAUCUUGGGUAAGUCAUGUAAUUCUGAGCUACUAGUUGUUUCUUUUUAAAAAAAAUUUAAGGUGAUAAUCCUAUUUGGUCAGCCACUUAACAUACUUUUGAAAGUAUGUAAUCAGAUAAUUGUAUUUUUACAAUGAAAGAAUUUACUGUUAGUUACAGGGGUCCUAAGGCUGUGUAUAUAGAUAAGAAAUAACCCUCUCCAGGGUGACUCCCUGGAGGUCUUUUACACAAAGUGUACCUUCUUCUUUACAAAUAAAACAAUGUAUCUUUAGACAUAUAUAUGUAUAAAAUAUAUUUUUUACAAAAAUUGAAUUAUGUUGAAAUGUG